UCACGCAUUGCCGAUUCCACAACAUACCCGCUUAUUCUCACGCCAAAAACAAAAUAUUCAUCCUUCUCAACAUGUCUUUUCCGUUCCCACGUCACCGUCGUAAGGUCUCCGGCAACCCUCCCUCCGCUUCCCACCGCCAGCACUCCGUCCUUGCCCCUCUUUGUGCCGGAUUUUCCCUCAAUCUCCCCCUUCCGUCGCCGCCCUUCCUUAACACCGACUCCCUCCGACUCACCAAGGUCCUAGUGAACGUGACCAUCGAGAACAGCUUGGGUCCGGUGCAGGUUCUGAUCUCCCCAGACGACACCGUCUCCGACCUGAUCAAGGCAGCCCUGGCCAUUUAUAACCAAGAGAAGAGGAGGCCUUUCUUGAAUCUUAAGGAUCCCAAGCACUAUGCUCUCCACUACUCUCCCUUCUGGCUCGAAAGUUUGAAUGCUAACGAGAAGCUGAAGAACUUGGGGUCAAGGAAUUUCUUCCUGUGUUCAAAGCCCUCCACUGCCUCUUCUUGCUCCGAGCAAGCCAAUAUGAGUAAGGAUUCUGCAUUUCCAUUGAUGCUGUUCGUCCAUCUCCCCUUAUAAUUAUCCCACGUGAAUUUGUAUGUCCUUGUUUCCUCAAGCCCUUGUCGUCUUUGAUUCUGGGAACUAUCCGUAGCUGUUAAAUAAUUAAGAUAUUUAGCUGCACGCACACACACAGGUGCCUUUAAUCUGUUAGCCUCUACGUUGCAUUGGUAUGAUGAGACGAUUUACUGCUUCCGGUUUGAUGUAAAUAAUUAAAUAGGACCAAGUUUUCAUCUACGCAUGAUGUGCCUCUGCGAAGAUCGAUGGAUUUGAUGUGACUAUCUUUCAAGUAUGUAUUGUUCUAACGAUAAACUUCUUUCUGCA